AUGGAUGAUGUACAGAAAUUGGGCGAGCUGAAAGACAUGACGAUCUCGCGUUUCAUUAAAGACGGUGACCGCUUGAAGGAUGUGGCCGAUCGGCUAUUAGCGACCAGUUUCUAUUUUGCUCUGACGCCAGAUGAGACACCCGUCGUUGAUGGACAAUGGUGCGUCCAUGGGACAAUCCAUUGCAGGUUUCCAUCUGGCCCUCAGAUUCGAGCAUUUGGCGAGGCAUUGGAGGGGCGGCUUCAAAGGGCUCACAGCCGAGACAACCGCAAACACCAGCCGUACUUCGUGGUCCAAGAACGCUACCGUGAAGGGCAAGCAGUGCAGAUAAGAUUACAGCAUGAUAUCACCGAUAAAAUGAUCAAUGAAGGGAUGUUCACAGCCAUCAAGCUUGAGAUCAAAGUCUCGGAUGACCACGCUGAAACUGAGAUAUUGUUCUGCUUCGGGGACCGACCUGAGGAGGCUGCCUAUUUCCCCAUAAGCGGAUUCCCGAGAUGUCUCCGCUUGGAGGUCAAAAUGGCUCUCCGUCCAAGACUGGUGCAGACAGAACAAUUUACCUUUGCGAGGGUAAAGUGGGAUUCUCUUGAGGCUAGGAAGGCCUCUUGGGGCACUGGUGUUGCGGACUUGUUCGAAAGCCAAGAUCCCUUGGGAGCGUUUGGCAGUGCAGAAUACAAGAAUCCUGGCAAUGCCGGGGACAGCCUUGUCCAAGGGCUAUCGGAAAGGUACAGCACAGUGCGUCAGCCGUCGCAAAGAUCGAAUCCAUCAGACAGAGCCGAACUUCCAGCUUUCAACCAAGACGACGAGUUGUAUAACGGGGAGAAUGAUGCCGAAUCUCCUAUGUCGGAAAGCGAGAUCCUUCGCAUUCAGUGGCUGCGGCUUUUACUGAGCCCCCGCGAAGUUGGGAAUUACAUAUCGGGACCUCCCGAUUCAUCGGCACGCCAGUUGUACCGUGAACGGCCAUCCAUAUUCCCUGUGUCGGUUGUUGACCAACUUCGGACAAGGCAGCUGCGGGACUGGUCGAAUGAUCCAGUCUACCUUUCCAAUGGUCGAUCCGCCUUGAACAAAUUGGUUCGUCGCACGGAGACCCUUCCAGGAGAGCCUUUCGAGCUAUCCACCGAUUCCCCUCAGCGAAUCGAGCAUACGGCAGAAUCAGUCGUCUCUACACCUACGGCUCCUCAAGGGCCGUUUUUUCGGGGGUUCCCCUUUUGA